AUGAGAGCAUGGAACAAUGGAAAAAAAAGUUGGACUCAAUACCAUGUGAACUUACGGCAUGACUUUUCAAAAUUGAAUCAAGAAAAGCUUGAACUGACAAACUUCUCUAACGGACUGUUGGAAAAGGAAGCCAAGGCUGAUGCAAUCUUGAUGAAGGAAAAGGCCGACUUGGAACACUCUCCGGAGCCCAUUCCACCCUUCCUUGUGAGCAUGAAUCCGUCGCCUGUUGCAAGCACGUCUUCAUUCACCUCGGCGCAGCCCAUUUCUAGCCUGAAGCCACCACCAGUUGCCAGCCAGAAGCCGCAUUCCAAACAUAACAGGAAAGCUUAG